CGGCAUGGAAGGCGCGGUGGGCGACCCGUACAGGAGGCCGGCGCGGCGCACGCAGUGGCUGCUGAGCGCCCUGGCUCACCACUAUGGGCUGGACCGCGGCGUGGAGAACGAGAUCGUGGUGCUGGCCACCGGGCUGGACCAGUACCUGCAGGAGGUCUUCCACCACCUGGACUGCCGCGGCGCUGGCCGCCUGCCCCGCGCCGACUUUCGCGCGCUCUGCGCGGUGCUGGGGUUGCGCGCCGAGGGUGCGGCCGACGAAGCCGCCCAGGACUCGGCCGUCAGAGACGCAAACUCCGGGGCUGUGGCCGCCGGGGACGGGGACGCUGACGUCGAGGAGGAGGCGCGCCUGGCUCUGCGCGCCGAGCCGCCGGAGCUCACUUUCCGCCAGUUCCACGCGCGCCUCUGCGGCUACUUCGGCGCCCGCGCGGGGCGGCUGCCCCGCGGCGCGCUCAGCGAGCACAUCGAGACGCAGAUUCGCCUGCGCCGCCCGCGCCGCCGCCGCCCGCCCGGCGCGCCCGGCCCAGACCGCAACCCGGACGGCGGAUCAGACGGCGAACGCGUGGCGAGGCUGGAGGAGGAGAACAGCAGCCUGCGCGAGCUGGUGGAGGACCUACGCGCCGCGCUGCAGAGCAGUGACGCGCGCUGCCUGGCCCUGCAGGUCGGCCUCUGGAAGAGCCAGGCGGGCGCCGCGGAGGCGGAGGAGCUGCAGGUCGCGCUGGCGGCGGCCGAGGCCUGCGCGGGGCGGCUGCAGCGCGGCCAGGCCGAGGUGAGGAGGCGCUCAGAGGAGGCCCGGGAGGCUGUGCUGCGCAGCCUGCGCCGGGUGCGGGAGCUAGAGGCGCUGGCAUGGAGGGUGCCAGGCCUGCAGCGCGGGGUGCGGCGGCUGGAGGCCAAGCUGAGCUGCAGCGCGUCAGAAGGUCCUAAGCUCCCAAGAUCCUCACGAGCCAGCCCAGAGCUAGAAAAUGAGAGUGGCGAACCUGAGGACCAUGGGACCAGAGACCCAGAUGCCUCUCCAAAGGGCACCUGGCAGUCAGACAGCAGCUUGGAGAGCCGAGCCCCAGAGGAAGUGGACGAGCAGCUCUUCCGCUCUGUGGAGGGCCAGGCCGCCUCUGAAGAGGAGGAUGAAGAGGAGGAGGAAUGGCAGGAGGAGCAGAGGCCCUCAGGCUGUGGCAGCCAGUGCCAUGAUCAGAUGGUCAAGACACCCAGGACCUACUCCAGCCACUGUGGUAAUGCCAACCACACUUGCACCCUGAGGGAACUGGAGGCCCACAUCACCAGGCUGGGAGAGCAGCGGCAGGCCCAAGGUUGUAGCAGGAAGGCCCUGGGCACACCUGGAGAGGAGGCAGAGCUGCAGCAGAAGGUGGUGGAGAGCGAGCACCUGCGGCUGGAGCUGCAGAUGGUAGAGACAGAGCGGGUACGGCUGUCGCUGCUGGAGGAGAAGGUGGUGGACGUGCUGCAGCUCCUGCAGAGGCUCCGAGACUUGAACAUAUCAAAGAGAACCCUGGGAAAGAUCUUGCUGUGCACGCUGGACACUUGCAGGGACCCCACACAGGAAGCCAGAUCUGGUCCCUUGGCCAUCCUGGAUGCCCUGUACCAAGCCUUGGCCGGCUGCGAGCUCCUUCAGAGACAGCCCUCAGCAGCUGCGGGUCCUGCACUCACCAACCCCCUCCUCGUCUCCUGCUGAGGUCCUCAGCAGGAUCGGGCAGCCUGAUUCUAU